AUGCCGCCGCUUGAACCUGUGGCGGGCGACGCAGUCUCUUCACGCCGCACCCGGAGCUCGUUAGCUGUGGACCAAGGCAUGCCGGUGGUCGAAGAUGCCACACCAGCACCAAAGGCGCCAAAGGCUGGCAAAGGCAGGGGCCGCGGCAAGGCCAGCGGCCAGUCGCCCAGUGACGCGGUCGAGCAGGUCGAUGCGGCCCCCGCGGACGGCCUGACCCCAUACGAGCGGGAGCGGCUGCAGCUGAUAGCCCGCAACCGAGAGCGCAUGGCUGCGCUGCAGCUGCCACAAAUGGCCGCCGAUUUUGCGGCAAUCGUGGCACCCCCCAAGCCUGCGCGCGCCGCGGCGACGCAAAAGGGCGUGGGCGCCGCUUCAAGGAAGCGCGCCCGCGCAGCCGCGGGCCUGGAGCUGCCGCCGCGGUCGUCGGGGCGGCUGAGGGGUGUGGCGCCGGACGCGGCGACAGCGGGCGGCAUCGUGCACGAAGGGCGGGACGGCCGGGUGGUGGUGGCCGCGGCGCCGGCAGGCGGCGGGGACAACGGCGGCGGCGCACGCGCUGGGGCGGCACCGAAGGCGGAGCCAGCGCCGCGCUUCUCGGAGGCCCCCCUGCCGUUCCGCUCCACCAAUGCGGACGCCGCCACCGACGCGGCAUUCCUUGAACUGAUCAAAUCCAGCGCCGCCCCGACCAGCGCAAGCCCGGCCACUGGCCGCGCGGGCCGCAGGGGCGCCGCCGCCGGCGCCGCGGCAGGCCCGGGCGGCGGCGCGGCGGUCGGUACGGCGGCGGACGCUUUGAUGCGGCUGCGGCUGGACCCCGAGGAUGUGGCCAAGAUGACGCGCCAGGGCACCACCUGUGUCGCGUGGCACCCGGCCUCGGGGGCGCGGCCCAUCGUGGCGGCGUCGGACAAGAGUGGGCAGGUGGCGCUGUGGUGCGUAGACUACGACGGCGGCGGUGGCGGCGGCGGCGGCGGCGGCGGGGACGGGGGCGGCGGCGACGUGGAGGACGGGGAGGGCGCGGGCUGCGACGGGAUCCUUGUUUUCGGGGCGCACCGGGAGUAUGUGUCGGCGAUGCGCUGGGUGGGGCGCGGCGCGGCGGCGCGGCUGCUGAGUGCGUCGUACGACGGCAGCGUGCGCCUGCUGGACGUGGAGAAAGGCGAGUUCCUGCUGCUGCCGGCGCUGCCUGCGCCCUCCAAGGGCGCCGAGUGGAGCGCCGCCGAGGCCGACGUCGGGGGCGACGUGGCUUACCUCGCCACCCCGGAGGGGGAGCUCACGGUCAUCGACGCGCGCGCCGCCUCGGCCGCGGCGCGCGACGUGGCCAUCCACGACAGGAAGGUCAACACCCUGGCCCUGCUGGGGGCGGACGGCGGCGUCGCGGCCUCCGCGCCCGGCGCGGGGCGCCUGCUGGCCAGCAGCUGCAGCGACGGCUGCGUGAGCGUGUGGGACGUGCGGCAGCUGCCGUCUGGCGGCACGCGGCGGCCCGCGGCGGUGAGCGCGCUGCGGCACGCGAAGAGCAGCCAGGGCGCGGCGUGGGCGACGGACGCGAGCGGGCGGCUGCUGAGCAUUUCCUUUGAUGAUACCCUGCGGGUGUGGGGGCCCGACGCGCGCACGGGCGGCGGCGGCGGCGCGGCGUCCGCGGCGGCUGCUGAUGCGGGCGCCGGCAAGGGCAUGCAGCAGCUGCUGAGCGUGAGGCACAACAACAACACCGGCCGCUGGGUGAUCCCCUUUCGACCGGCGUGGUUUGGCAGCGACUGCUUUGUUGUCGGCGACAUGAAGCGCGGGGUCGCCGCUUUCGACGCUGCCGCCGGCACCGCGCGCGGGCUGCUGCAGGCGGAGGCGCUGACCGCGAUCCCCAGCCGCCUGGCGGCGUGGUGCCCCGGGGCGGGCGGCGCGGAGGGGGGCGCGCCGAUGCUCGCAGUGGCGACGAGCAGCGGCCGGGUGCACGUGUUUAGAUAG